AUGUCCCGGGACACUGUCUUCCGUGUACUGGGAGUCCCUGCGUUGGUCACCAUAACACAGCUGAAAAUUACAUUCUCAAAGGAAUUUGGUGAGGACUCGGCAAUCGACCUCAAGAAAUCAACAUUAUGUCCCUCCUGUUUCGGCGACGAUACUCAGGUUGCGCUCAUUCAAUUCAUCGCAGAGCCACCGAGGACGCUUAGUACCCUCCAAGCCGGUCAUCCCUAUGAAAUGGAGCUCGAAGGAGAUGAUAUCACUGUUGACAAGGACUUUUAUGGCCUGACACAACUGUAUCCCACCAGCGGGGCCGUUGUGGCGGAUGUAGUUGCGGUAUGCGGACUCAAUGGCCAUGCUUACGGAUCCUGGCGGGGGAGGGGCAACCUGCGUCGAAUGUGGCUACGUCAUUUCUUCUCACAGGAUAUUCCAAAUUACAGGACCAUGACUUAUGGAUACAAUUCGUGUCUCACGGCCCGUGCUGUUCAUACAACUCAGGACUAUUCGAAAGGGCUUUUAGAGGAGUUGAUAAAGGCGAGGAAUACCGAUCAGGAGAAGAAAAGACCUUUAGUAUUUAUUGGGCACAGUUUUGGUGGUGUAAUCAUUGUCCAGUCACUCGUACGAGCCAGAGAAAGCGACUUAGGCACCGAACAGAACCGGAUCUUUUCCGCAACUCAUUUGACGAUAUUCUUCGGCACGCCUCACCGUGGCUUCGUGGUCGAUGAUAUCCGCGCCUCACUUGAGGAAGGAUCGUCCCGCCAUAGCCUACUUGAUUCUAUCGAAAAAGGCGCAUCCAUUCUUGCGUCCGAACUUUCCCGUUUCAUCGACUAUUCUGACAAUAUCAAGAUUGUCAAUUUCUUUGAGACUCACCAGACCCGAAAGCUUGCACGGGGUGCUGACGGCAAAUUAUCUAGAUCUGGAGACUUUUUCACCGCCGUGGAGAGGGAAUCUUCCGUGUUGCAGCUCCCACGGAAACUUACGGAGUCAUUACCAGUUGAUGCUGACAACUCAGAAAUGGUCAAGUUCGCAAGCAAGAAAUCUUCACAGUCGUAUACCAGUAUUCUAAAGCACAUAAGAGAGUUCGUGGCGCACUACGACUUGACGACGACCGGAGCAAGCGAUCGUUUUCACACGGCAUACGCUGCUGUUCUUGGGAAGGAUGUAGAAGCGUUGAGGCGUCUUCUUAGGUCUCGACCUGAGGCAGUGAACGACAAAAAGAGAGGCACAACGCUUCUUCAUCUCGCUAUUGAAGACGGCGGAGAUUUAGAGGUGAUCACCACGUUGCUAGAGCAUCAAGCUUCUCUCGAUUCCGUUGACUGCAAAGGGAUUACUCCACUUUACCUGGCGGCCAGUAAAGGCUAUACGGAGAUAGUGGAGAUUCUAGCUAAAAACGGUGCUGAUAUCAAUGCCAUCUGUGAAAGAAAGGUGGCACUUCAUGUUGCCACGCUCGGCAGUCAUAAGGACGUAGUUUCGAAAUUGUGCUCUUACAAAGCAGAUACUGCAGCAGUUGUAGAUGACCAAUAUGGAUUUACGGCCUUGCAUCUUGCAGCUCGUACCGGAAACACCGAAAUAGUGAGUAUGCUACUGCUCGGGGGAGCGAAAAUAGACGCAAGAGGAAAAGACGAAGACACACCACUUCACUGCGCGGCCUGGAAUGGCCAUGUGAAAGUCAUAGAGUUGCUCAUCAAUCACUCGGCGGAUGUUACAGCAAGAGGGAUAAAGGGUGACACUGCUCUUCAUUUUGCGGUGUUUCAAGGGCACGUGGCGGCAGUUGGGGUACUUAUAGAUUAUGGGCUGGACAUCCAUGCAAAAAAUAACGAUGGCCAUACGGUGCUCCAUAUCGCUGCCGAUGCAGGUCUAGUUGAAGCCGCUCGGUGCCUUCUGCUUCUAGGGGCCAACCCAAGAGCGGUUGACAAUAAUCAGAAUAUCCCGUUACACUUUGCCGCGCAAAAUGGUCACGACCAGGUUGUCAGGCUCCUCCUUGAGGGGGAUGGUUUUGAUACCACUAGUUCGAGGGAUAUCAACGGCUACACCGCUUUACACACAGCAGCAUGGGGUGAUCAUUCGCGCGUAGUGCAGAUUUUACUUGAAUAUGGUGCAGAUGUGGAGGCGGUAGAGUGGGUCAGCGGGUAUACGCCGUAUACUCUUGCAACUCUGGGCAAGCAUCGAGAGGUACAGGUGCUCUUGUCACGACGAACACCCGGACCCUCAACAUCCCGAGGAGAAUGA